AUGCCCUUAUCAGAACCCCGCCAGAUCAAGAAACCGCGAUUAUCACUCAGUUGCAUCGUCUGUCGACGACGCAAGGUUCGCUGCGGUCGCGAACAUCCAGAAUGUGCCAAUUGUGUGCGCAUGAAAGAGAAUUGUGUCUACAGGGCCAUUGUCCGGGAUGAGUCCACCGGGCGUGUACGACCUGUAUCGGCCCAAGGCGGAGACCCUAGAGAUUCUACAGAUGCUCACCUUGACCUCCCUUGGCCGCAUUCGGGCCGACACGCCAAUCCGCCAUAUCCCGGGAAACAUUCCAGACCUCCUUCCCGUCCUUCCCCACAUCGACAAGAACCAUAUCAGACAGUUCCAACAGUUCGUUCAUGGGAAGAGGCUCUCCAACUCCCCCGUUAUGGUGAUGUGAGCGUUCCUCAGAUUGGUGGUAGCUCGACAACCCGGGAGCCUUCCACUGUGCCAUCAACAAACUACUUCCCGUUCCUCAACGAUUCCCUUUGCCGUGAUUAUUUGAGCAUACAACGAGGUGGCCGCGUGAGAUACAUUGGUCGGACUUUCUGGGGGUUCGUUGCCGGAAAGGAGAGUCUGAGCGAUGAUUUCUUUGACAAAAACCGACACGCCCACCCCGAUCUUCCCCUUCCACAUAUAUCCUCUAUGGGCAUGUUUAAUCUCCUACGGUCGCUACCCACCAAGCCCGUGAGUGAUGCCUUACUCGAGACUUUCCUCCUUGCUGUGUGGCCACUUGUGCCACUUCUACACCCGCCUUCCCUACAGACAGACUAUGACGAGUUCUGGGAUUGGUGUCGGAAUAGCGAGAGCGCUUUACCGUCAGCUAAACUUCGCGAUGAUCCUACCUUGAUAUGCCUUCUCUUUGCAGUCCUCUAUUGUGGUGCAUCUGCCGCGCCAGCAGUCACCUGGACGCAUCCCAACCUGCAGGGCCUACAGAAGGAGACGACAGUGAGCCACCUCAAGUCGGCAUAUACGACGAGUCUUUCUCUAUGUCAGCAUCUGGAACAUCCAACGUUAAAUACACUGGUUUCGACUUUGCUCACGACACCGUUCCUGGACCGGCCAUUCGAGCCCAUGUGUAGUCUGGUUCAUAUAAGCACGACGGUGCGCAUUGCCCAGACUAUGGGUUUACACCGGGAGGGAACAUGGUCUGCGUUGAGUCUCACUGAUAAAGAAAUCCGACGUCGGGUCUGGUGGCACAUUGUUUGGCUCGAUGUGCAGUCGAGCAUCUCCACGGGUCUGACCCCCUGUUGUGGGAAUGAGCCCUUGGGGGCCGUGAGCAUGGUUGACACUAACCAUGAUGAGUCCAGCUAUAUCCCUGCUGGGCGUUCCCCGGACACUGACUCUGUGACUAAUGAGCCAUCGGUGGCUAUGCUAUACGCCACCGGACGCUUUCAGACUGCUCGAUUACAAGCGAGGAUUGUGGCGCACCUACAGAGUGCGCAGGGACCAAUCCAGGAUGGAUUUGGCGAGCUGGCCAGCGACGCCAAGGAGCUUCUACGGAAUAUCGACUCAAUUAUCGCGCGCGUUCCUACACAGGGGAUUCCCGAAAAGGGGUACAUCCCAUCGCGUCUGGCUAAUGCAUGUCCGACCACGCAUCCCUCGUUAUACAAGGAUGAUGGAAGCCAGCCGACCGUCUUUGCGGCAUGGACGCGAAUUAUGCUAACAUUGAUGAAAUCGGAAACUUCCAUCUUGCUCCAAAAGCCAUUUCUGGGACCCCCAGAUAGUAUGAAUGCGCAAUCACGCAAGUCAUGGACUAGCAUGGCGCAGCUCUGCGUGGAUUAUAUGAGUAUUUACUUGCAGCUGUAUCAAGCACCUGCGUUCUCCCCAUACGCGUGGUUCUGCUCCAGCCACUACGGGCCUCUCCAAUGCGUAUUCAUCACCCUAGUAUACCUUCAUUCGUUCCAGGAGUCUGGAGAGACCCCGCUCGCCAGAUAUUGCGUUGAUGAGGUUAUACAGCACUGCAUGGCCCAGUAUCAAGCUCCAGAUUCAUCCUCCACGAGGAUCAGCGCCGGCGAUACUGAUUCCAAUUCGAGCAAGACGCACCUGCCAUUGGUCAUUCAAAUUCUCGCUGACCUUCAUGAACGCCUCGACUCAUCUCUCGGGGCUGAAGACCAACCCCCGCUUCCAUUGGACGUGAUCCAGCGUUAG